GACAGUGACUGAGCUCCAUCUGAAGACCUGCACUGAGAGGCUCUGCUGCACCAUGAGGGCCCUGUGGUGCAGCUGCGUGCUCGGGCUGCUCUGUUUACCUGUGCAUCAGGGAAUGGAAAACACAGUAAUAGGUACACAGAUCCCGUCCUCCACAACAGAAAUGAGGGUGAACUCGUCUGUUAACAUCAUGUGCUCCAUCACAUCCAAGAGUGUCCUGGGACUGUCUCUAGACCGGCGUUUUAACCCUGGGAAUGUAGUUUACCUAUUCCUGAACAGUGGUCAAAUUGGCAAGAAGACCAUCACCAGGUACAAAGGGCGUGCAGAUGCCAGAGUGGUCCUGUCCAGUGAGACAGACCUUAAGAUCAACUUCAGCCUGUCCCAGCUGCAGGUGGACGACACAGACCUGUACUUCUGCCGCUGGAAAUACUACAGUAACAAAUCUGAGACGUUCGAAACCAAUGGCAGCAUUAUUAUAAUCAACGAUCGUAUUCCAAAAAAGGUUCAAGCUGAGUGCGGUGGCAAUUUCCUAGAUGAUGUUGUGCUUGUCUCCCUGAGCGUCAUGUCCAUCCCUUUUGUCAUAUGCAUCCUGGUUUUCUCUGCAUUUCUCUUGCACAAACGUUUUCAAAAGAAAUUUACGCCAAGCCGACCUGCCAACAACCUGUCCCAAAGCGGGCGUCAGCACAUCUGCCCGCGUCCUCUGAAUCCAUCUUAUCAUUAUUUAAGUACAUCAGUGAGUUUAGGUUCAAGCCAGAUUUAGUCAUUCAACUUAAGAAAAUUUGUGGAAAUUUUGGAAACCGAAAGUUAUUUUAUUUGGGAAUAUGUUUGGGAAAAAGUGCUGUGAAAAUAUAUGAUUUGUACACAGAAAACCUCAGUCAUCCGGGGAGUAAAAGGCAGAUGGGCUUUGCUUUUUGGCUUAUUAACAGCAACACAUUAAAGAAAGUGUGUGGAAUUUCAUAGAAA